UCGGCCGGGCCCAGCGCCGGACUCCAUCUCCCCCAGCAUCGCGCCCUCGCUGCCUUCGGGGGGCCCUUCCCCUCCUCGGGGCUGGGGUCCCGGCUCCGAGCAUCUCCUGCUGCUCCCCGCCCUGCCGAUGUGGGGGAUUCUCGGCCCUCUCGCCGUUCCUCCUCAGGCCGGGGCGCCGGGGGCGGUGGGUCCCCCCUUCCUCCCUUCCCCCCUCUGCCGUCGUCCCCCCGGUCUCGGUCCCAGCCCGAGGGUUCCGGGGAAUGGUUUCCUGCCCCCGAGGUGUUGGGGCGAGCCGGCGUGGCGGCAUUGAAGCCUUCGUGGCCUAAGGGUGCUGGCGAGGCAAGCUCGGUACUUGGCGUGCGUGUUUUGUGUUGGAGGAGUUUAAGUAUCGCCUUUAAAACCACUCUUCCAAGCCCUGAAAAGGACUUGGGCACCUAGAACCCUGGGGGGUUUUGGUGUGAUUUUUUCUGUUUGCCUAAUCGAAAAAUAUUACUGUUUUCAGAGGGCUUUUUUGGUAAAACGUCCUGAAAACAGAAGCAUUUCUGUGAAGCUGAGUUUUAGAAAUGUAGUAGGAUUUCUUCUCCCCUGAAGCUGAACUCUUCCUUAGAGAAGCAAGGGCUUGAGUCCAGCUCUGGGUUGGUCUUCCAGAGGAUUGUGUUUAGCACUCAGUUGAGAAGGUGACCACAGGGAGAGGACAUGGCCGGGUGGGACCAGUUUCAGCUCUUCCAGGCUUAAUGUGAUAUGUUUGUGCUGGCUUGUGUGUGGGAAACCUCUGAGCAAAAUACAAAGUGCUGCACAGAGAGGAAACCAGGUUGGUGUUGACUUAACGCUGCAGGUGGCUGGAAGGGGCUGUUGGGAUAUACAGCAAUUCAGGGGUUCAUUUGGGCUACAUAAAACUGAACUUCCUGGUAGCCUGGGCUGGUAGUUAAAGCUCUGAAAUUCACUUUUGCAAGGCUUGUGAUAGUAAAGCUACAGUUGUACCUGUACUGAACUUGGUUAGUCAAUCUUUACUAAUUUACUGUUACUAGCUGAAGCCAGCUUAGGGAUUUUCUUCCUGUGGCUCUAUGGAACACUUGAUUGCUGUCAAUCGGCUGCUUUAUCUCUUCUCAUUGGUAACUGGAUUUCAGCUCUGACAGGAGAGGCAUUUCUCUCUUGGGAAUGUGCUUAAGAAAUAUCUGGGAAAUAAAGUUGCUUCUGUUGGCUGGGCAGGAAGGAGCCCCAAAAUGUUAAAGUAGCUGAAUACUUUCUAUUAUAAGAACUCAUCUUUAGUGGUUCCUAAGGUAUUCAAACAGGAUCUUAAGUGACUUUUUGGUGGUUUCUAACUUUGAUUUUUCUGACCUUGUGGGCUGCUAUUUUUGUUUCCAGGUGCCUUCCUCAGGUUGAGAGUUUUUGGAAGGCAACAACAAGAAGAGAACUCCAACCAACAAAGACAGCAAGCAAAAUGAGUGACUCUUAAGUUGUGAUUGUGUAACACUGUUCUAAACAACCUCCUUCUUUCUUAUUGGUUUGCAGCAAUUGCAGCUAAACUUCCCAUGAGGCCUAUGGAGCCACCAGGGAUUGUCAAAGCCUUUCCCAAAAGGAAGAAGGUGAGGGAUGACUCAGGGAAAGGCAUCCCUCGAAAGAUCCCGAAAGAGGAAGGAGCAGAGAUACCUGAGGGAGAGUGGCUGAAACCAGUCACCACCUACGUGUUGCAAGCUGGCAUUGGCCAAGCCAGGGCGGAGAUCUUCCACAAGCAGAUUGUCCAGAAUGGGGGUGUUGUACACAACCAGCUCUCCUCAGAGGUGACACAUGUCAUUGUGGCUGAAGACAUGGACUGUGAGCGGGCCUUUCGGCUCCUUAAAUUAGCCAAGCUACCUUCAGGGUUGCAGCUAGUGAAGGCAUCCUGGCUAAGUGCUUGCAUUAGAGACCAGAAGCUGCUGAGUACUGCUGGCUACAGUGUCUUUAUCCCUCACAGGUACCUGGAGGAGGGACAACUACAGAAAGAGCAGCAGCAACAGGUCCUGGGCAGUGAGGAGAUCCAGCCCCCAGCAGAGGAAGGAGCAGUGAAACCAAAUACUGAAGCACAGGUGGAGGAUUCCUCACAGCGAGGCCUGGGCACCCUUGGACAGCAGCAGCUGGCUGAGAAAGUCUCUGAUGAUGGAGACAGUGAAGGAGAAGAUGCUAGUGUCACCCAGGGAGAUCUGGAAGCAUUGAUUUCUGGCCACUACCCUGUGAAAUCAUCAGAGGAGACCAGUGACAGCUCUUCUGCAGUGGCCCAGCCUGCCAGCAAGUGGGUUUGUGCCCAUUCAUCCAAGAGCAAGAAGGAGAAUCACAACCAGUGCAUCACAGAGAAGCUGGAAGUGCUGGAAAAGGCCUAUUCGGUCCAGGGGGACAAGUGGAGAGCUCUGAGCUACUCCAAAGCCGUCAAUGCACUCAAGAGCUACCACAAACCAGUCACCUCCUACCAGGGUUUCCGGACGCUGGAUGACAUCCGCACCAAGGCGACUCUCACCAGCCAGCAAGCUGUGGGGCUGAAGCACUAUGCAGAUUUCCUGGAGCGCAUGCCUCGGGAGGAAGCUGCAGAAAUAGAAGAGACCGUCAGACAAGCUGCCCUGGCCCUGAAGCCUGGGCUCGUGUGUGUCGCAUGUGGCUCCUACCGUCGGGGGAAGCCCACCUGUGGAGACGUGGAUGUGCUGGUCACUCACCCAGAUGGUCAGUCUCACCGCGGGGUGUUCAGCAAGCUCCUUGACAGCCUCCACAGGAGCGGCUUCCUGACAGACGACCUGGUGAGUCAGGAGGACAAUGGUGAUCAGAAGAAGUACCUGGGGGUGUGCCGCCUCCCCGGGCCAGCCCGGCAUCACCGCCGGCUUGACAUCAUCGUGGUGCCUUACAGUGAGUUCGCCUGUGCCCUGCUCUACUUCACUGGCUCAGCUCACUUCAACCGCUCCAUGCGGGCCUUGGCCAAGACCAAGGGCAUGAGCCUCUCGGAGCAUGCCCUCAGCUCAGCUGUGAUGCGAGGCCCUGGAGGCGUCAAGGUGGCAUCUGGCCACACUCUGCCCACUCCCACAGAGAGAGAUGUCUUCAUUCAGCUGGGGCUGCCUUACCGGGAGCCCUCAGAACGGGACUGGUGACAGCUGGUUGUCACCCAGCACCCUGGGCCCACUGCCGUGCAGCUGUUUUGAAGGGUGUUGGUUUCCCCAGUAGUGCUCUGUGGUGACUGCAGACUGGGGAACACACCCCAGCAAACUGGGAGUCCUCACAAGCACAGGGUCCUGCUGCUGGCAGAGCUGUGUGGCUUCACCCAGCACAGGCUGCGGGCUGGAACCACACUGGAAGUGCUGCCUGAUGCCACAGGCAGCCACUGGCUACCAGAAGGGCUUGCUGCCCAUCAGCUACCCUGCUACCCUGGCCCUGCUCUCUGGCGAAGCUUCAGAAGGCUGGGCUGUAGAGCCUUGUGAUCCAGCCUCUCCCAGUGCUUGGGAACAGGGGAAGUGGGAUGCGCCUUCCCCUGUGUUUGUGCACAGACACCCAAAAAUCUCUGCCCUGAGCUGUGUAUGAAGGCAGCCAGGGUCUGGCCCUGGAACAGGCCUUUCCCCUUCUCACUACUGCUGGCAAUUGCUACUGUUGGAAUCAUGAAGGGUUCCACUGUGCUGCUGCUGUGUCCUCCCUCCAUCUGAGCUGACUUGUGUCCUCUGGUGGGUCUCACUGCACAGGGUCAGAAUACUGUGACUGCCACCAGCUUCCCCUAGUGCCAGGUGAGCCUUGAAGAAGGCAUAGGGACCUGAUGUGCUGUACCUGCUUGCUCUCAGCCCAUCGUGUGCCAAGGAUCCUCAAGCUGUGAUCCCCCCGCCAUGGCCCCAAGGGCUCCUUUCCUCUCAGUGCAGGAGAGGAGCGGACCUUGCAGCUCAGGGGAGCUGUGCUCAGGAAGAGUUUGAAUGUAAUGGCACUGAACAUAACCCAGCAGGGCCGUGUGUUUGUGCAUAAGAGGUGCGGAGGCAGAGAAGCAUGAGGAGACAGUUUAGUUCUAAUUUGGGCAAAGCAAAGCUUUUGCUUUGUAGAUGUGGAAGCCAUGGAGUCAUCUGGCCUUUGAUCAGAGUGUGAGUCUGUGUCUAUACAGGUACACGUGUGCUGGCCAUGUCAGUUGCAUGGGAGUGAAUUUUAUUUCUCAGGAAACCUCAACUGUUUUUAUAUUCUGGAGAUGAAUGUCCCAGAGACUCGCAGUGCUCUUUUUCCGUUAUGGGUAUUGCAGUGGUUCCCACUGGCAGAGGUGCUGCUUUGCGACGUUGGCUGCCAGGAACGCCAUGGCGGGUGUUUCUGUGCCAGAACCCCAGGGCUUCCUCUGGCCAGUCUCUGGGCCUGGCCUCCUGCUCUCUUGUCUCGUGGGGCACCCGGCCACCCCCGCUCUGCACUCUGCCAUGUCUUUGUAAUGUGCAAUGACAAGCUGCGUGUUUGUUGCCAGGGCAGGCACAAGGGCGUUAAAACCUGGUGGGUUUGCACAGUUUCUUGCUGCAGGGUCAGCUGUGGCUGCUGGGCACCAGUAGCGGGGCUGGGGUGUUUACUGGGGAGGCCUUGACCCCAGCAGUGUCAUUUGUCAGCCCAGCCUUUCUGCUGAACACCCAAUGGAAAUGAAUGUCUUCUGGCAUGUCUUUGUGCUUUGAAAUUUGAAGUAUAAUAAAUCCCUUCUCUCUUUUUCCUUCA